AUGGGCUUCGCCCUGGAGCGCUUCGCCGCAGCCGCGCGCGCGGAGCUGGAGUGCGGGCUGUGCGGCCGGCUGCUGGACGAGCCCCUGUGCACGCCGUGCGGGCACGUCUUCUGCGCCCGCUGCCUGCUGCCCUGGGCGGCGCGGCGGCGCCGGUGCCCGCUGCAGUGCCAGCCCCUGGCGCCCGGCGAGCUGUACCGGGUGCUGCCUCUGCGCAGCCUCCUCCGCCAGCUGCGCCUCCAGGGCGAUCCCCGCGCCCGCGGCGGCGGCCGCUCGGUCCGGCCGCACGAGCUGGAGGCGCCCGCCGCGCGCGGGGGCUGCGUCUCGGGGCCGGGCGGCCGCGGCGGCGAGGACGUGCCCGCGCGGGGGGGCGGCGGAGCGGCGCCCGGGGCCGGCCGGGGCGGGGGCGCGCGCGGGGGGCUGCCGGGCGGCUGCUGCGGGAGCGGGAGCGGGCGGGGGCCCGGGCCACGAGUGCUCGCCUGGAGGCGGCGCGAGCAGGCGCUGCUGGCGCAGCUCGGGGCGCUGCAGGGCGAGGUGCAGCUGGCGGCCCGCAGGUACCGGGACAAGUUCGCCCAGUACAUGGCUCACGUCCGCAACUUCGCCAGGGACCUGGGCGGCGGCCACGGCCCGGGUGGAGAACAUAAGCCAUUCACCAUUCUAUUAGAACGAGAAAAUGACACUUUGGGAUUCAAUAUUAUAGGAGGUCGACCAAAUCAGAAUGAUCAAGAAGAAAUAUCAAGAGAAGGAAUUUAUGUUUCAAAAAUUUUGAAAAAUGGACCUGCUGACAGAGCAGAAGGCUUGGAGAUUCAUGACAAAAUCAUUGAGGUCAAUGGGAAGGAUCUCUCAAAGGCCACCCAUGAAGAGGCAGUGGAAGCUUUUCGAAACGCCAAGGAGCCCAUUGUGGUUCAGGUGCUAAGGCGAACGCCUCUCAGUAAACCAAUCUAUGGAGCGGUCCCGGAAGUGCAGCUCAUGAACGCCAGUACUCAGACGGACAUUACCUUUGAGCACAUCAUGGCCCUGGCUAAGCUUAGGCCACCUACCCCUCCGGUGCCGGACAUCUGUCCAUUUCUGCUCUCAGACAGCUGCCAUUCUCUUCACCCGAUGGAGCAUGAAUUUUAUGAGGACAAUGAGUAUCUCUCCAGCUUGCCUGCUGAUGCAGACAGAACAGAGGACUUUGAAUAUGAGGAGGUCGAGUUGUGUCGUGUUAGCAGUCAAGAGAAGCUGGGCCUGACAGUCUGUUACCGCACGGAUGAUGAAGAAGACACCGGCAUUUAUGUCAGCGAGGUAGAUCCAAAUAGCAUUGCUGCCAAAGAUGGCCGGAUUCGAGAAGGGGAUCGUAUUUUGCAAAUAAAUGGGGAAGAUGUCCAGAAUCGAGAAGAAGCAGUGGCGUUGCUCUCCAGCGAUGAGUGCAGGAGAAUCGUGCUGCUCGUGGCGAGGCCGGAGAUUCAGCUGGACGAAGGCUGGCUGGAAGAUGAAAGGAACGAAUUCUUAGAGGAGUUAAACUUGGAGAUGCUGGAAGAACAGCAUAAUGAAGCAAUGCAGCACACUGCCAAUGAGGUGGAGCAGCCAAAAAAACAAGAAGAAGAAGAAGGCACAACAGACACGGCCACAUCCUCAUCCAACAACCAUGAGAAGGACAGUGGAGUGGGGCGCACGGAUGAAAGCUUGCGGAACGAUGAGAGCUCAGAGCAGGAGAAUGCGGCUGAGGAUCCCAAAAGCACAUCUUUGAAGAGCAAGAGAGAGCUGGGGCAGAGCCAGGACACCCUGGGGAGCGUGGAACUCCAGUGCAAUGAGAGCUUUGUGUCAGGUGAAUACAUUGACUCGGACUGCCCUGGCAACCAAGAUGAGGAGUGUGAGCGAUUCCGGCAGCUCUUGGAGCUCAAAUGCAAGAUUCAAAACCAUGGGGAGUACGACCUGUAUUACUCGAGCAGCACAAUAGAAUGCAACCAAGGGGAACAAGAGGGAGUGGAGCAUGAGCUACAGUUGCUGAACGAAGAACUAAGAAACAUUGAACUUGAGUGCCAGAAUAUCAUGCAAGCUCAUAGGCUCCAGAAGGUAACAGACCAGUACGGAGACAUCUGGGCAUUGCAUGAUGGAGGAUUCCGAAAUUAUAACACCAGCAUUGAUAUGCAAAGAGGAAAACUAGAUGACAUCAUUGAGCACCCAGAGAAGUCAGACAAGGACAGUUCUAGUGCUUACAACACAGCCGAAAGCUGCAGGAGCACACCGCUCACCGUGGACCGUUCCCCUGACAGCUCCCUUCCCAGAAUGAUCAACCUCACCAAUAAGAAAAACCUGAGAAGCACAAUGGCAGCCAGCCAGUCCUCUCCUGGACAGAGCAGUAAAGAGUCGACCUCCACCAAAGCCAAAGCCACUGAAGGUUGUGGCGUUGAAGGCAAGGAGAAGAUCUCAGAAAGCAACAAGCUUUCUGAUCAAGAGAAGACCGGCAGCGAACACAUCCCUUACCUCUCUCCUUACCACAGCUCCUCAUACAGGUAUGCGAACAUACCAGCCCACGCCCGGCAUUAUCAAAGCUACAUGCAGCUAAUUCAACAGAAAUCUGCCGUCGAGUAUGCCCAGAGUCAGCUGAGUCUGGUGAGCAUGUGCAAGGAGUCCCAGAAGUGUUCGGAACCCAAGAUGGAAUGGAAGGUGAAAAUUCGGAGCGAUGGGACCCGGUACAUCACGAAGAGGCCAGUGCGAGACCGGAUUCUGAAGGAACGUGCCUUAAAGAUCAAGGAGGAGCGGAGUGGCAUGACGACGGAUGAUGACACUAUGAGCGAGAUGAAAAUGGGUCGCUACUGGAGCAAAGAGGAAAGAAAGCAACACCUGGUCCGGGCCAAAGAGCAGCGUCGGCGCCGAGAGUUCAUGAUGCGGAGCCGGUUGGAGUGUCUCAAGGAGAGCCCUCAGAGCGGCAGCGAGGGCAAGAAGGAGAUCAACAUCAUUGAACUGAGUCACAAAAAGAUGAUGAAGAAGAGAAACAAGAAAAUUUUGGACAACUGGAUGACAAUCCAAGAACUGAUGACCCAUGGGGCCAAGUCUCCGGAUGGCACGCGAGUUCAUAAUGCCUUUUUGUCAGUCACCACUGUAUGACCGAGUGAAUGGGAAUGGAAUGCAACUGCUUUUAAGAGGGUGCUACCAAUUUGGGUAGAGUAUGAUUGCCUCGUUCAAUGUGGCGUUUUUAUAUAUAUUUUCUGACUCUUUAUAGUUUAAAUUUUUUGUAAGGCAAAAAUACCUGGUAAUUUUUCAUUUGUUUUUCAUAUACUCGUACCUUUUUUUUCCCCCUGAGGACUUUCUUUAACUUGUGAUAUAUUCAUAUUAUUCGUUUAUAUAUAAAAUCAAAAGGAAAGAAAACAAAAAAAAAAAAACUUGAACAAAAAUUCUGAGGAGCCAAUUAAUUUCCUAUUUUAUUGUAUCUAUUGUAAGUUAAGAUCUGGAUUUAUUUCUCUAAUUUGCUUAUUUUCUACUUUAAUAACAAGUCAAUGCCAAAACAUUUCUAUACUUGCUUCUUGGCAUAAUACGUAUUAAAUCAAAUCUGUUAAUAAAUCAUGUACCACACCUUAUACAUAAAAACCACCUCGGUUUAACAUCCCGUUGUACAUUUAGCACAUAAAUGGCCGUUGUCUUCGUCUCAGUAAAGUGUAGGUGGACAAUCUUCCUGUGAUAUGUAGUGACAUUGGUCAUGUAGCUAGAUAAUUGUGGUAAUUGUGACAAUAAAAGAGAAAUAAAUUAUUGAUUAUCCUUAAGAAAAGUUAUCAAGGAGUGUUUUAUUUUCAUUGUCCACUGUGGUUGUCAGAUAUAAAUUAGUUAUACGUGUAUACUAUUUAGAAGACUCCUAAUUGUGGGUUAUAAAAUGUGUACAUUUUCUAUUACUUUUUUUUCAAUAAAAUUGUCUUGAACACUUCUUAUAGAUCAUGGUGUCACAUAUUCUUGCCAAGGUUAAAUUAGGUAACAUAUAUAGAGCAUCUUAUAGAUGCUAACUAAAAUUUAAUAAACAUGAGUUCAUGCUUCCCUUGCCUGCCAUCCAUAUAAGGAAAAGCCAAGGAAAAUUUAGGGAAAGUUGUGGAGGAGAGGAUCAGUGAAGUGUCUCAGAUUGUUUAUAAUGACACUAUGUAUUAGUCAACUCAAGCUGCUAUGACAAAAUACCAUAGACCAUAUGGCCUAAAGAGCAGGAAUUUAUUUCUCAGAGCUUGUGAGGCUGGGAGGUCCAGGAUCAAGGGGCUGGCUAAUUCAGGUUCCUAAUGAAGGCUCUCUUCCUGUUUUGAAAAUGGUCACCUUCUCACUUUGUCCUAACAGGAUAGAGAGAGGAAACUCUCUGGUCUCUAUUCUUAUAAGAGCACUGAUGCCAUCAUGAGGGCCCCACCCUUGUGACUUUAUCUAAAAGUAAUUACCACCCAAAGGCCCCAUCUCCAAUAGCUAUCACACUGCGGGCUAGAGCAUCAACAUUUAAUUUGGAGGACACAAUUCAGUCCAUAACAGUAUGUGCAUUUAUUUAUUCAGUCAUUUGGGAAUAAAUUUGGGGGAACCAUCUUUUUAAUCAUUGCCCACAGAGCCAACUAUAAAUGCCUUUUAUGUCAGUUUAUUAAAAAGUGAGAUUGUUGGAUUGUUAGGUAGGCUAUUAAGCCUAAUUUUUCAUCAUAUACACAUAUAAACCAUAUCAUGUCAAUCAUAAUGCCUCCAGAAUGAGAGCCAGGUCAACCUUGUGCGUACAAACAUGAGUUCAAUCAAAUUUUUAUUAAACCCAAGAGAUAGUUUUAACAUAAUGGAGAUACAAUGUGUGAAUAUUUUUGAAGCUACUUUCCUGUUUAAAAAACUACAGGGGCUCCUUAUGAGAUCUUAAAUCAGAUUCUGAUGCCUCAACCUCUAUUGACUAGCCCUCCUUGCCUAUUAUGCUUCCACUGUAGGUCUGCUCUGAGUUAUUCCUGGCUUGCAAACAACCUGCCCAUUUCUGCUAAAGUUACCUAUACUAUUCUCCUGGCUGGGAUUUCUGUGCCAAAUCCUACAUCUUUCUUAGAGCAUAAUCACAUAUACAUGUUCUCUUUAGUAGCUGUUUUGAUGACACCGGAUUUUCUCAGCAUUUUGUCAUACACUUUGAUACAAUACACUCUUGGAAAUUUUAUUCUUUUGUUAUUUGAAUCACAUAUGUGGAACUUAUUGUCUCCCUACAUAGAUUUUAAGUUCAUGGACUUCGGCCCUGGCAUCUCCCUCUGUCUUUGUAUACCUCUGGUAGAAUGACAUUUGAAUAAUAAUGAAAGCUAGUUAAGUUAUUUUAUUAAUUUAAUUUUCCUCUCUCCUCCACAUAUUAGUCCCUUCCUUUGUUCCUGUUUUCUUUAUUCUUCUACCCUUCUAAGUUAUUACCUAUGACAGGUUAUUACAUAGAUGGAAAGAAAUGAACCUUAUUUACCUGUAAUGAAAAGCUGGACUCAAAAAUUUUAAGAUAAUGAUAGUAAUAACAAUCUAAGGCAAGUGGAAAUUUCAUCACUUCUAACUUUAGCCAUUGUUAAUCCAAUCAAUAAGAGUACCUUGAAUGUGCUGAGAAUUAGCUUAAUCAAAUGGUUUUAAGUAAGAAUGCCUGUCUAUCUUAAGAGCUCAGUUCUUUCCUGACCUGAUGCCCAUGGUUAUUAUUUAUCUUCUUGACACAACUGAGUUUAAAUAUGUAUUGAAUUUGUAUUAUUCCUAUAAAUAAAUGUGAUUUGGAACAAAUGUAAAUUUUCCCUGAGGAAACAUGUACACAACUCACAGAAUGCUGUGUUUCCAAAGCUACCAGUUUAAUUUUCUUUUUAUUAAAGCCAAGUGUGCUUGCCAAUUUUUUUAAAAUGUGAUGUUGGUGUUUUUCAUGUCUGUGUUUAUAUAGUUCUACCACUUGAGAAAUGUUGUUUUCAAAAAUCAGUGAAAAUCUGAAAAGUGUUAUGCUUUAUCUUUCUACAGAACAUAUCU